UUUUACUCUUAUUUUCUUGAGAUUGGAGUGAAAUUAGUUGUAGUGAGGCUAAAAUGCCUACUCCAUUUUUGGGGCGUUUGUUGGACUCGUACCGCAAGAAACUAGUGCAUUUCGCAUUCACGUUCAAGGAUGUGUUCUACCGUGGAGCUGUUAUCGUGUUCUUGGCCACCGUCAUGGUCUGGAUGAGUGUGUUCAUGUACGGCGUGUUCUAUUACGUGUACAUGCCAGAUGUCUCGCACAUGAGGCCCGUCGACUUCAAAUUCAAGCCGUGUGGUGAAAAACCUGGGCUGUGCACUUACCCAUCUGCAUACGUGGAGCUUACCCGAAGAUUUUCGGACCAAUUACUUGCAAGGGGGCAGCCGUACAGAGUAGUUCUUUCUCUUGAUGUUCCAGAGUCGCACGUGAAUCAAAAUUUAGGAAUGUUUAUGGUACAUAUAUCCAUGUUGAACAAAGCGGGUGAAGCUGUGGUGAAAAGUGACCGGUCGGCCAUGUUGCGUUACAGGUCGGGUUUGCUCAGGGCGAUUUACACGUUUUGUUACGCGCCUAUGCUCGUAACUGGAUCUUGGGAGGAGAAACAAACGGUGGACAUUGAACUCGUGCCAAACUUCAACGAGAAUGCGCAUGAUCCAACGGUUGCAGCUUACAUUGAGCUGCAAACUCGGUUCAUCGAAAUUUAUUCGGCAAGUUUGCACAUACACGCGCAUUUCCACGGGUUGCGGUUCUUGAUGUACCAUUACCCCGUGCUUUCUGCGGUGUGUGGUGUGUCGAUGAACAUGGCUUUCCUGCUGCUUUUGGCGGCGUUUUCUUGGCAUCACUGGUUCCUCACACCGUUUUUCCAUCAGCAAAGCGUCGUUCGGAUUGGGUUUGAUGACGAAGUAUUUGCCAGAAAACCCUCGACCAGCUUGGAUGCCCGGAGAGCCGAGCUGAAGGAGAAACUCGAGCAGAGAAGACUACAAGCUCAACUUUCAAUGUCUGGAGAUAUUGAAAGAAUUGGGAUGAGUGGGCGAAGAACGCAAAGCUUCUCAGGAAGUGCCAUUGAUACCGUAUCUGAGGAAAUUCCUUGGACAGCUGUUCGGAAAGGUGUCUCGAAAGAAGAUCUCAGUGUUGAUGACCGAAUUGCAGAUGCAAAUUUACCUGCUACUGUCAUUCCGGAUUCUACGAAUGAGAUUCUGGAAACCUCUGACGAGAGUCCGGAAAAGGACAAAGAAGCGUAUGUCUGUGAGCCCGAAGAUAACGCUGAUCCGCUAUUCCCUCGAAAGCGUCGAGUUUUUGCUUCUGCCGCAGACUCUUGAUCCAGCGGAAACGGAUUUAGUUCAUGGAAUGGGAUACCAAAAUUGAGCAAAAUUUGGGAUUAUUAUUAUUAUCUUUUUUAUACGCAGCGACUGUUUCCUGAUGGGCGGACGGAAAAGGUUGAAAACGAUCUCGAAAGCUGACUUCACGAGUAGCCCCGCUGGUGAAAUGCUGUGUCCGUUUACAUUGUUCGUGAUGAUUGAUGGGUGGGACUGCUGCAACAAAGCGAUUACGCUAAGGCUUUGUUUAAAUAUUUUUGUGCGGGGAUUUCGGAAGAAGUGUUCAGAAAAUUCGGAGCGAUUUAGAUUUCCUAACCGAUUCUGACAUUCUAACUUGUCUUCGUUGUCGUAUGCUGUAUUUUCAUUCCGAAAUCGAGGUCGAUUCUUUUCGAAUGCCUACAAUUUGUUAUCAGGAAUGAAGCUUGCCGAAUUUGUGGCGCGCAUAAAAUUGCGGACUUACGUUCCAGUGAGUAACAGGGUCGUCCAGUCCUCAUUGUGCCAUGUACCGUGUUUCCCCGGAAAUGAGGCAGGUCUCUUAUUUCUAUUUUGCUUUUGAAGGCUGUUAUCGUUUUAGUGAUCAGAGUAUGUUGAAUUUUUUCAUCACGUGAUUCUAGGAAGUAUAUAAUUAAUUCCUCAGAAGUACGAAACUGAUGGCAGAAUUUUGUUACUUCGUAUGGGGAUUCACAGUAUAUAUGCAUUCAAAAAUUUUGAUGUCCUGUAAUUGGACUAUUAUUUUCUGGUCUACCGUCGAUAGAAAAAAUUGAAGUUUGCUGCACGAGAAAGGAAUUGGAGUAAAAUUAUUUUUGCGAUAAGAAGUGAGAUUACACUUUUUUCAUGAAAUCGGUGAAUCAUAAUUUGAUCAUUGCAUUGUGUCGAAUUGAAUUUAUUGAUAUGAUCAUUGAGAUCUUAUUUUGGUUGUUGGAUUCACGUUAGGAGUGGUGCUAGGGCUAUUUUUCAGGCCAUAUUUUUGGGGAAGUGCGGUAAUCGAAAAGAAGUAUUUUUGUAAUGAGGGCACUUUUUUUUUUCUCGUGGCAGUUGCAUUUUUAUUCAUUUGAUCAUCUUUCGCAGUAAACGCAGCUUUCUCCAAGAAAAUACAUUUUGUGGAGUAUUUUCAGAGGAUUCUUUUUCGAAGUUGGGUCGGUUCUCUAUGUACUAUGUACACGCGUUUUUUUCUUUUGCCGCCUCAAGACGGGACCUCUGCAGUUAGUGACCUUGUGGGUCAAAUCCCUAGCGAUUAUAGUGAGACUUGAAAUUCCGUUUGGCGGGGAAAGUAGUUUUUUGUGAAGAUUGGGGGAAAAAAGCUAGUCCUGCCUUUUGUGUGGUUUUUGUAAAUGUCUUAUAAGAACUGCACUCGAAAAACUUGUCGCUUUUCUUUUUCUUCAUUUUGUUUACGUAGGAUCUACAAUUUUUCGAAGGAGGCUC